AUGUCGUCGAGUCCUCUCGGAGUUUUUGGAGCCCUUCCUGUCGACACGCUCACCACGAUUUGUCGUCAUCUUCCCAUGAAUGAUGUCGUCACUGUUUCUCAUUUGGACAAUGAAUUGGGAGAUUGUGUGAAACGAUUCAUCUAUCGAGAACUUAAAGGAUUGAAAGUGGAAAUCAAUGAAAACGAAUCCACAAUUCAUUUCAUCCACAAAGAUAAGCGGAGCACUCAAUUGAAGUUGGAAGGAUAUGCUUGGGAAGAAGUCGUGGCAAAUGCAAAAUGUGUUGAGUCCCUUGAAAUGAUCAUAUCCAAAGGAAUGUCUACAUCUUCAUUGUUCAGUGCAUUCAGAAAAGCUCCAUUUUGCCUCCGAUCUCUGAAAAUCCAAAUUCCAAAAGGAGGAGACAAAUUUCCUUCGAAAACUUAUGAGCUUCGUAAGAGAUGCUACGAUCUUGCCACCAAACACCGCUCUUCUCUUCGUCAUCUGGAAAUGACCACUCCUGAUGGGCAAAACGCAUACGCAAAUCUUAACACUGCCACAUCAUCUAUGCGAUUCACCUUCAAUCAAGCAGAAGAGCCCGCACCCAGCGAGGAGGCUGAGCAUAACAGUAGUCACACUUUUGUGUACACCGUCUUCCAUGCUUUCCUGAAUGUUCACACAAUCAAAAAUGUCACACUGGAAAUCGGAAGUAAAUUCGAUCCAAACCUUGCUCUUCAGAAGGCGUACCAAAUCGCUCUGCCUUACUCCGGAAGACCUAUUCUCGAGAGGUUGACUAUUGAAUUCGGAAACAGUUUGAAAUCGAUGAACGAAGCUGAUAUGAAACAAGUACUUCUUCGCCACGUGGAUGAAUGUCAUGUCUCCACUCCAAACCUUCAACACUUCCACUGUAGUCUUCCUCAUGAUGAGAUCGACUUAUCUCAAGAGUUUUUGACACUGCUGAAUGAGCCAGUCACCAAGUCUCGAAGGAAUCCGAAAAGCCAGCCAUACAAAUCGACGAUUUCGCUUCGGACAGUCAGUUGUCAAUGA